CUAGAUACUUUAAACGGCUUCAGUCUGCAAUCACGUGUUCCAGCUCUUUCCUAGAUAAACUUGAAGAACCUGAAACCCAGGGACAGGCGAGAGUGGCAAGAGCACGUUUAUCAAGCAGAUGAGAAUCAUCCACGGGUCGGGCUACUCUGAUGAAGACAAAAGGGGCUUCACCAAGCUGGUGUAUCAGAACAUCUUCACGGCCAUGCAGGCUAUGAUCAGAGCCAUGGACACGCUCAAGAUCCCCUACAAGUACGAGCACAAUAAGGCUCAUGCACAGUUAGUUCGAGAAGUAGAUGUGGAGAAGGUGUCUGCUUUUGAGAAUCCAUAUGUAGAUGCAAUAAAGAGUUUAUGGAACGAUCCUGGAAUCCAGGAAUGCUAUGACAGACGACGAGAAUACCAGUUAUCUGACUCUACCAAAUACUAUCUUAAUGACUUGGACCGCGUUGCCGACCCUACCUACCUGCCUACGCAACAAGAUGUGCUUAGAGUUCGAGUCCCCACCACAGGGAUCAUCGAAUACCCCUUUGACUUACAAAGUGUCAUUUUCAGAAUGGUCGAUGUAGGGGGCCAAAGGUCAGAGAGAAGAAAAUGGAUACACUGCUUUGAAAACGUCACCUCUAUCAUGUUUCUAGUAGCGCUUAGUGAAUAUGACCAAGUUCUCGUGGAGUCAGACAACGAGAACCGAAUGGAGGAAAGCAAAGCACUCUUUAGAACAAUUAUCACGUAUCCCUGGUUCCAGAACUCCUCGGUUAUUCUGUUCUUAAACAAGAAAGAUCUUCUAGAGGAGAAAAUUAUGUAUUCCCACCUCGUUGACUACUUCCCAGAGUAUGAUGGACCCCAGCGAGAUGCCCAGGCAGCUCGAGAAUUCAUCCUGAAGAUGUUCGUGGACCUGAACCCAGACAGUGACAAAAUUAUCUACUCCCACUUCACAUGCGCCACAGACACCGAGAACAUCCGCUUUGUCUUUGCCGCCGUCAAGGACACCAUCCUCCAGUUGAACCUGAAGGAGUACAAUCUGGUCUAAUGGUGCCUCCUCGAUUCCACCCUUCCCUCCCCUGGUGGGCUGUUGAAGCUGUACAAGAGGGACUGUAUUUCUGUGGGAAACAAUUUGCAUAAUACUAAUUUAUUGCCGUCCUGGACUCUGUGUGAGCGUGUCCACAGAGUUUGUAGUAAAUAUUAUGAUUUUAUUUAAACUAUUCUGAGGAAAAACAGGAUGCUGAAGUACAGUCCCAGCACAUUUCCUCUCUUUUUUUUUAGGCAAAAUCUUGUGACUCAGUGUAUUUUCACUUCUCGGUCAUGCACUCACAAAGAUAAGAUUUCUUUCUCUCUCUCUCUCUUUUCUAUUGAGCAAAAAUGAAGCUGAUUUUCCUUGUCCUAACCCAUCCCUUCCUCCUGAUUUUUCCCACAUUACAAUGGCCUUUAUCCUAGUACCAUUCCUGGUCAAGUUUUUCUCUUGAAUGAUACAGUCAGGUUAAUGUUAUUCAAUUUAAGCCAUCAACAUCAGCUUAAUUUAACAGUUUGUAGUUUCUGCUGAAGGAUUCUAAGUAUUAAUACUAUGGUUUUAAAUGUAUUGCUCUGGAUACACAUAGAGAGGUUUUUUUUUUUAAAUAUAUAUAUAAAUAUUGUCUUGCCUCACUGUGGGCUGGGACGGUGGAUGCCCAUCUAAUGGUUGUGUCUUUUUUUUUUUCCUACCUUCAACCAUAGCUUGGUUGCUCAGUGAACCAUACAGAAGUCAGAGCAUGGCAAGGACAGAGACACACAGAAGGAGUUCUUUCUUAUCAAACGCCAUGUGCCAUUGUCCUCCAUCCUUUCCUUGCCUUUUUUCCCCCACCUUCUCUUCUUCAAAUCUCAGAUGCCAAAAAAAAAUACAUAUAUGCCAACAGACACUACAUGACCCUAAUGGCUGCUACCCAGAACCUUUUCAUAGGUUGCUCUUAAUUUUUUUCCCCCCUCAGUUCAAAUUUUUCCUCCUUUUUUUCCUUAGCAUUUGGGCCACAAUUUUAUAAUGACUUUCAUUAUGGGUAUGUAUCACCAAAGCUGGCUUUUUGUUUAAAAAAAAGAGAGAGAACGUAAAAGAGAAAAGCCAGUAUCUUAAAAUGUAAGAGAGUAAGACUGUGAAGCCUAAAGUGUUUGACUGAGAGUGAACCCGAAACACCAACUGCCAAAUAAUUGGUCACUACACACUUGAUUUUCAUGGUCCAUCAUCUUCUUUGCCCUUAAAAUCACAUUGUUUAGUGUCCAUGGUCCAUGUUGAGUGUCUAAACCGACAAUAAGGGAAAGUCCCCUGUGUGAUACACCAUGAAAUCUGCUCUCUCACUUCAUUUGAAGCCAGUUUCACUCUGUUUUUAAGGUCAAGUAGUCUGCCAUGAACAUUGGUUGCUAAUAUUACUCUGACACCUUUAAUUGGCAGAAUCUGAAGUUACUGCUAGUUUACCGUCUUUGGGAUUGUCUUAAACUGAUGACUGGUUGAGUUGAACUUAAGGAAGAUUUGUGGACUGAAACUCAAAAGUAACCUCUGUGCUCUACAGAACAUGUAUUUAUGUAACUGAACAUAGAGGGAGAGAGACUGGAGUUCUAUAUGUGCAAUUUUUCAGCGAAUGCAAAAAAUAACAGCACACGUACUGACGAGCUUCUGUCAAGCAGCUGGAAUUGAAAUAUGAUUUAAGAAAGUCAAUCAAGAUUGUGUUAAGCCUGCUGGGAAGUUAGAAUUAGGCCAUGAUGCUGGUCUCAUUUUAACUACAGUACUACUUGGCAGGAGUCUAAACUUCCAUAUAAUCACUCUUUUGGAACAACAAAGGAGAGGGAGAAAAUUAAUGGCUUAUCAGAUGCGUACCAGACUUACUAAACAGUAAUGGAAUGUGCCCAUUCUUUGCUCUCCCAGCCUCAAACUACACAGGUUACUUUUUUUUUUUUUCUCCUUACUCAGAAAGCACCUGUAAUUUAAUUAAGAAACAGACUGCCUGUAGGUAUAGUGCAAUUAUGAAUGCUCUAAUCAUUGUACAUACAUCUCUCUCUCGAUAGUGCAGCAUCCACACUGGCUUGGUAAUCGUUAAUUUUUUGGCAGAUUGAAUGUGCUGUAUUGAUAUGUAUCUAUGUAAUUGUAUUGUAUGUCUUAUAGCUAAUUCACAUUUUGAAUAAUGUUAUUUUAUUUACUUUUUUAAGAGAGGAGAAUGUAAAUUUGUCAGUUUAUUUCUGACUAGGGAUAUUUUUUUUUCCAUUUAGAAAAAAAAAACCUUACUAUCGUACAGAGCGGUACUAGCAUCGUGCUAUAUAAAAUCAUUUGCACAUUCCUGAGUAGAGGUAUACUGAAAGUAAGACCCAAAGGUAAUUUCAUAGCAAAAUACAUAAAAUCAGUUGGAGCUUUUAUACAAACAUGGAAACCAACUUUGUAGAACUUUUGCCAUUUGACCUAGGAUUGGAAUAUGAGCUUUUAUACAAUUCAUAUUCUUAUUUGGCAAAUGCACAGUUUAGUAUUACCUCUCUGAUGGCCUUUAUUAGAAAGGCAGUUUUAGAAGCUAUUGUGAUCCAUUAAGGAAAUGUUUUAACAGCUAGAGACCACUGCUUGCCUGAAAGGGCAAUCAAAUUUGGUGCAGCAAAAAAAAAAAAAAAAAAAAAAAGAGGAAAAAAAAAAGAAAAAGGAAAAAAUUUAAAAAAAAAAAGGAAACAAUGACAUUCGAAGGCCUACAGUGUGUAUAGAAAAAAACCUCAUCACAAGAUCAUAAGUGUUACAGUUUUAGGGAAUCAAGAUAUUCUAUUUAAUAGAGCUAUAGUAGAUGUAGUCGAUUAAACCUGAUCUCAAAGCUCAAAGCAGCUGAGCAAAACAGGGAAAGAUUGUUUUAUGUCUUCAUGAAAUUGGGAUGGAAUUGCUAUGCAGAACUGAGGUUUGUGGCUUCACUGUUCAUCUUAGGGUGCAUGACAAGAUCCCUUCUCUUGAGAAAGGAAAAAAUUGAUCACCCUAGCUGCAGUGAUGCAGAGAAACCGAAUUGUAUCCACACUAGUCAAUCGAAGCUGAAGGAUUUUCUUUUUUUGUUUCUUUGUUUGGGGUUUUAUUGAAGGGGCGAGGGGCGGGAAGGGAUUCUUUUCAGUUUUGUAUAAAAACAAAGCUUACUCAUGCUUUAUAUUAUAUCGUGAUUGCAAGCUUUCUAAGCGCGCGCCGCUGGACUCCUCGUGACGCUCCAGAGAACGGAGGCCUGUGGCGAGUUUCAUGGCAACUUGGGCACGUCUUAUCAAAAACACACAACACAGAGACCUUCCUUCCGCUGACCAAGGCAAGCAGCCGUUUCAUGACUCACUUAACACAUUGCAGUGUACCAGUUUACAGGUUUUUUUUCCCUUUUUGCGUGACAUGGCAGUUCCAACCCACAGAGAAUCCCUUAUUUGUAAAUUGGAGGUUUGUACUAUGCCUUACAGAGCUUAAAUUCAGGAGUUUGUGCCUCAUAUCUGAAACAAAGGGAAAUCACGCACCCAUUCAGAGGUAAAGAAAUCCCCCUCCAAGUGUUUGUUUCUUUUUAAGUAAACAUUUUCAUAUAAAGAGCUCUGCUGAAUGUCAUGAAUAGACUGGGGGGAAAUCUUCUAGGAACCUGCAUAUGUUGUUCACUAGGAGAUGAUAUCUACAAAAGGCAUUUGAAAAACACCUGAAACUUGUUUUUGUUUUGUUUUUUGUAGAGUAACUCACGGGUCUAAUAUUUAAAAAAGGUAAUUCAGCUAAAGGACAAUUUACUUUUUGUACUUCAGACUAUCUUGAUUGUCAAGGUGUACGAACUGUAAUCUUAAAAUUUAUACUGCCACAUGAUUGUAAAUUUUAGUUGUCUUAAGUUAGGAAUCGGUGAAAAGCUAUUUAUGCUGGAUAUGGGUCAAAAAUGACUAUUUGCAAAAAAUAUAUAAAAAUAAUGGGAAGAAAGGGCUGCAUAAUGAGAUACUGCAAGACUCAGAUACUAGCUGGAAAUAAUCUUCAAAUUACCCUCGGUUUCCCUUUGUUUUCAGUUUCUCAAAAAGGACGAAUGAAAUGAAAUAUAGCAGAAUGUUAACCCAUAUGAAAAUAAAGUGUACCCAACUAUU